AUCAUCAGCAGCAGAGAGCUUUGAUUUGACACUCAAAGAGAGCAAGUGCAGAAGAGAGAUGGCGUCCCCUCGCCGCAUGGCCACCGCGCCUGCCGCCCUCCUUGUCCUGCUCCUCCUCGUCGCCACGGAGAUGGGGACGGUGAAGGUGGCGGAGGCCCGGACGUGCGAGUCGCAGAGCCACAAUUUCAAGGGCGCCUGCUUCAGCGACACCAACUGCGCCAGCGUGUGCCACACCGAGAACUUCCCCCGCGGGCAGUGCCACCAGCACCACGUCGAGCGCAAGUGCUACUGCGAGCGGGACUGCUGAGCUUAGGAUGACCAGAAAUAAAGUAGCUCCAUCGGUUUUUCCUCUUCAUCUUCAUGCAUGCAUUCAUGCAUGUUGUUUAGGUGAAGAUCGAUCCUGGCUCCGACGUGUUUGCGGCUUCAAUUAGUUUGUGCGGUUAAUGUAUACUAAUAAUGAUGCAUGCCACUGAUGCAUGUGGCUUCUCUGUGUUGUGAUA